AUGGACUCUCCGGCAAUCUGUGAGACCUGUCUGGGGGAGUCGGAUCGAAUUACCGAAGCUGAAAAUGGUGCACAGUGCAAGAUUUGUACGCUGCCGUUCACGGUAUACCAUUUUCGAGAUAAAUCUACCGACACUGUGGUGCGCACGCUCAUAUGUCUCAACUGUUCAAAACAACGCAAUGUGUGUCAGUGCUGUCUGCUAGAUCUACAGUGGCAUAUCCCCGUUGAGGUUAGAGAUCGGAUCGUGUCGCUACUAAAGGGGUCGGAGGUGGCUACAGAAGAGGCUCGAAAUGAGAUGAUGAAACGAUUUAUAGCCCUGAAAAAUGGCGACCAGCAUAAGCUUGGUGGUGCUCGCAUUACCAGCGAUGCUGCAGCGACCGACAGUGCUCUUGAACAAAUGAAAGCUACUUUGAAGAGAUUGGGGGCAGACAAGAGUGAUAUUAGCGGGCAGAAAAGAGGAACCCCCUCGCGAGCUGACUCAGAAGACGUUAAUGUGAUGUCUGUACUCAAAAAACUACCCAUAGAAGGAAUAUUGGAACCGGCGCCCAGUUUUUUCCUUUACAACAUAGACCCUAAGCUUCCGGAAUGGGCAGUUGUCGACGCCAUUUCUAGUAUCGUGCAGACACCACAUUGGCGAGAGACGAGCUCAAACUCAGUGGUCGUGAAUCACACGGCUCAAUGUGGUGGUAUUAGAUUCAAGACUCAAGACCUUGCCAACAUAUUUUUUGAAAACGUUCCGAGCUUCCAAACGCCUUUGGGUUCCAAGAAGGGUAUACUCGUUGUCCAAAAUUCAAGAAUCCACGUUGUCGCAUGGCCACAAUUUCAUCGGGGCGCCUUGGGUAGUAAUUAUGCCGAAUGCCGGAAAUUAGCUUCAAGUUUGGCCAAAUUAGUGCAGAAGGAUCUACAACGUCCAGAAACCGAGGCCGGAGAAUUGAAAUCAACUGGCGGAACUAACACUAAAUCACAUAAAGUGACCAAGAAACAGCAUAUUAAAAAAGACACCAAGAAACGACGCAACAAGCGCUUUACUCUUGAGCUAUGA